AUGAACGGCACAAGCCCCGCGGCUCGCUCCAAGCGCAAGGAGCCUCCCCAGUACUCAGACGGCCGCCUGGCUAAGCACCACCGAACCAACGGCGAUAUCGACAUGUCUUCUGCCGACGGAAAUACCCCUACCGAAGACUUUGAUGGCUCCUACGAGGAGGACGCCCGCCAUGUCUUGCCCCUCGCUCCCGGCGCCGAUACGGCCGAAUGGCAGGCUACCAUCGAGAACGUCGUCAGAAAUGUUGUUUCCAUCCGAUUCUGCCAGACCUGCUCUUUCGAUACCGACCCGGCUCUUACAAGUGAGGCCACCGGUUUCGUUGUAGAUGCCGAAAGGGGUUACAUCCUGACCAACCGUCACGUCGUCGGUUCCGGUCCCUUCUGGGGUUACUGCAUCUUCGACAACCACGAGGAGGUCGAUGCCUACCCCGUCUACCGCGAUCCUGUCCACGACUUCGGUAUCCUCAAGUUCGAUCCCAAGGCCAUCAAGUACAUGCCCGUCGCCGCCUUACAGCUACGACCAGACCUCGCCCGUGUCGGCAUAGAGAUUCGCGUCGUGGGUAACGAUGCCGGAGAGAAGCUCAGUAUCUUGUCUGGUGUCAUCAGUAGAUUGGAUCGCAAUGCUCCCGAGUACGGAGACGGCUAUAGCGAUUUCAACACAUGCUACUACCAGGCCAGCGCCGCUGCCAGCGGUGGUUCUUCAGGCUCUCCUGUCGUCAACAAGGAUGGUUUCGCCGUGGCCCUGCAGGCUGGUGGCAGAGCUGAUGGUGCCUCGACCGACUACUUCCUUCCUCUUGACAGGCCACUUCGGGCGCUCAAGUGUCUCCAGGAGGGCAAGCCCAUCACCCGUGGUGAUAUUCAGUGCCAGUUUGUGCUGAAGCCCUUCGACGAGUGUCGCAGACUGGGUCUCACCCCCGAGUGGGAGGCUCAGGUCCGCAAGGCUUUCCCCAAGGAGACCAACAUGCUGGUUGCCGAGAUCAUUCUCCCCGAGGGCCCCUCGCAUAAGAAGCUUGAGGAGGGUGAUGUUUUGAUCAAAGUCAACGGCAAGCUCCUUACCCAGUUCAUCCCUCUCGAGGAUAUUCUCGACUCGAGCGUCGGCCAGACGGUCAAGCUUAUGCUUCUCCGCGGCGGCGAGGAGGUCGAGGUUGAGAUCGAGGUUGGCGACUUGCACCAGAUCACCCCUGACCGCUUCGUGUCUGUGUCUGGUGGUAGCUUCCAUAACCUCUCCUACCAGCAAGCCCGCCUUUACGGUGUCGCUUGCAAGGGUGUCUACGUCUGUGAGGCUGGUGGAUCUUUCCGCUUCGACAACAACGAGAACGGCUGGAUCAUCCAAUCCAUCGACCAGAAGGAGACUCCCGAUCUGGACACUUUCAUCGAGGUGAUGAAGGGCAUUCCUGACAAGGCUAGAGUCGUUAUUACGUAUAAGCAUCUUCGGGACAUGCAUACGCUCCACACCACCGUUAUCUACAUUGACCGGCACUGGGCUAAGAAGAUGAAGCUGGCGGUAAGAAACGACAAGACCGGUUUGUGGGACUUCUCUGAUCUCGGUGAUGCCCUUCCUGCCGUCGCUCCUGAAACCAGGAAAGCUUCUUUCAUCCAACUUGAGAACACUUCUCAUCCGGCCGUCGCCGAUCUCGUCAAGAGUUUCGUCCACGUCAGCGUCACCAUGCCCGUUAAACUAGAUGGUUUCCCUAAGAACAGGAAAUGGGGCAUGGGUUUGGUUAUUGACGCGGAGAAGGGUUUGGUGAUCAUUUCUCGGGCCAUUGUUCCCUACGACCUGUGCGACAUUACUAUCACCAUCGCCGACUCCAUCGUCGUCGAGGGUAAGGUUGUUUUCCUGCACCCGCUCCAGAACUACGCCGUCAUCCAGUACGACCCCAAGCUUGUCGACGCACCCGUUCGUUCGGCCAAGCUGUCUAGCGAGAUGAUCAGCCAAGGCGCGUCCACCUACUUUAUUGGUUACAACCGCAUUGGCCGCAUUGUUCACACUGCCACCACCGUCACCGAGAUGUUCGCCGUCACCAUUCCCGCCAACUCCGGAGCGCCCAGAUAUCGCGCUGUCAACGUUGACGCCAUCACGGUCGACACCAACCUCUCGGGCCAGUGCGGCAGCGGCGUGCUCGUCGCCCAAGACGGCACCGUCCAGGCCCUCUGGCUCACCUACCUCGGUGAGCGUAACCCCAGCAGCCACCGCGACGAGGAGUAUCACCUCGGUCUGGCCACGCCCACCUUGCUCCCCGUCAUCUCGCAACUCCAGCAGGGCAUCACCCCCAAGCUGCGCCUGUUGAGCUGCGAGUUCCGCGCCAUCCAGAUGUCCCAGGCUCGUAUUAUGGGCGUAUCCGAGGAGUGGAUCCAGAAGGUCUCCCUCGCCAACACGGCCCACCACCAGCUCUUCCUCGUGACCAAGCGCACCUACGAGCGCAACGAACCCGAAGGCGACACCCUCAAGGAAGGUGACAUCCUCCUCACCCUCAACAACCAGCUCAUCACCAAGAUUUCCGAGCUCGACAUCAUGUACAGCCACGACUACCUCGACGCCGUCCUCGUCCGCAACACCAAGGAGCUGCACCUCAAGCUGCCUACCGUCGCGGCUGAUGACGCCGAGACCGACCAUGCCAUCUCCUUCUGCGGCGCUAUCCUUCACAGGCCCCAUCUCGCUGUCAGGCAGCAGAUCAGCAAGCUUUUUAGUGAAGUGUAUGUGAGCGCCAGGACUAGAGGUAGCCCCGCGUAUCAGUAUGGUCUGGCGCCGACGAAUUUCGUCACGCACGUUAAUGGCAAGCGCACCCCUGAUCUCAAGAGCUUCUUGGCGGCGGUGGUGGAUAUUCCUGAUAACACUUACUUCCGCCUAAAAUGCAUGACCUUCGACUCCGUCCCCUGGGUCGUCACCAUGAAGAAGAACGAGCAUUACUUCCCCACCACGGAGCUGAUCAAGGACCCCUCCGAGCCUUUGACAGGUUGGAGGAGAAUCACUUACGAAGGCGGCAAGAAGAUCGAAGGCGAAGGACACGAGGGUGUCGGCGUCGCUGCGCUGGGCGAGGAUGGUGGUGAGGGCGGCAUGGAUGUUGAUGGGUGUUGUUAG